UGUUCCGAACUGGUUUCUCGUGACAAGUCCUAUGACGGUUGGAUUGUGGAUACGAACACCUGCAGGUGUGCAAUCAUGGCAAGCAACACGUUCCCGACCGUAGUGCAAGGCGAAGCAUCUGAAACAGACUCGGAUGAUGAGGUAUACAUCACCUCUGUCCCACCUGUGCAGUCAUCCUCAUUAUUAUCAGGGAUGAAGGUGGCAGGAGAGGCAUCAGAGACAGACAGUGAGGAUGAGGAGCAGAGAGCUCGCAGACUGGCCUCUGAAAACCAACAACAGAUGCUCCGUAAAGAUUUACCACCCCUCAUCGUGAUCAGAAACACACCUGCAUCUGUAUCCGGAGUAGAAGACCGAUCACCUCUGUCCAGACCCUGUCUCAAUUCAGGCCGGUUUAACACGUUACUCCAGCAGAAACUGCAGGAGAGCAAUGCACGACUGUGUACAGAUGUCAAUCAAAGCCUGAGACAGGUGUAUCAGAAUGCUACCAGAGAUAUAAGACAGGCCACCACUCAUCUGAACAACUCACAAACCGGCAUCAUCAACGCGUCCCAUAGCAUUAGACUCAUACUGGACGAUCUCAAGUCAGUGUCAGAGAAAAUCGACAUAAUUACGAGCUGUCAUUUAUUGCCUGACAUCACCAUGCCAAACCCUGUGUCUGGACAGACAUAAUGCAUGCACAUUAUCAGAUGUCUGAAAGUAAGCUGAGAGAGCUAUGCAGGCACUCUACUUAAAAUGUUUUCUUUUUUUGUGUUAUUAAUGCCAUCGGGUCUGCGGUUGGCCUAUUUAAGGUCCUAUAUACAGUACAUUUUACUAAAUUAUAUGUUGAAUGUGUCAUUCGUCUCAGACUUACACCAACUGGAAUGGGGCUUUGGAAUGGCUCUUAAUUUAAGAUUAUUUUGGAAUGAUUAAGUUUGUAAUUUUGCUUUAUAUUUGCUCAAUGCACACUAAUAAUAAAACUGCAAAAAUAAAUUAUUUACAGAAACUGUAAAAAUUGCAGAGAAAAUCUGUAGGGCUAAUUUACAAUAUUAUCACUAUUUAGUCAAAUCAACCACAUUUCAGAAACUUCAGCUGAAAUGUUUGAUGUUGUAAAUACUUUUUCUAAAGAAGGAUAAACACAAGCAUGAAAGGCAAACUUAAAACCCAUGGAUCAAAACUGACAGAGUAAUCCAUUAUUUUGUAGAGGGGGGAAAUUAAUGCCUACCUUUAAAAAAUAACCAUGAAUAAAUAAAAAUAACUGGGAAAAAAGGAACGUUUGAUCUGAACCAGAUUCUAAAAUGAUAUCUCUCAUUUUUCUGUUGUUAUAUGCACUCCAACUUUGGUAAACAACACACACAUAAAUAAAAAUGUUUUUG